GUCGCAAAACCAUCAACACUCUCCAGCAGGACCCAAAACAACAAGUUCAAGUUAUAAUAUAUUAUACAUUACUAAACAGAUUAAUUCCAACAAUGAUACUUCAAUCAGAUGACUAAUUGUAACAGCAGUCCAGUGUCAGUACUACAUGAAUCACAGCUGACACCUUCAUGCAGAUGGCAUCGUUCAACGGAGAAGGAAUAAACCACCUAUUAAUAGAAGUGAGUCCAGACAUUCACAUCUGCGGCUUCUGCAAACAGCAGUACAACGACUUUGAACUCUUUCUUGCGCACAAGCAAAAUGGAUGUCAGAUUCCCUCAACUCAUAUGUCACCAAAAAAUGCAGGACCCGACGUCAAGAAGAACCUCACCAAAGCCCAGAAGUCCCCCUCCAAAAAGCUUAAACAUGCACUUACUCAAAAAAGACACAUGUGCACCUUCUCAGGAUGUUCAUUCAAAACACAGUAUGGCCAAAAAGACAUGGAGAGACAUAUAUUAACGCACACAGGUGAGAGGCCGUUUGAGUGCGAACUCUGUCAUAAACGCUUCAGCCGUCGUGAUAAGCUGAAUCUUCACAGCCGUUUGCACACAGGAGAGAAACCGCACAAGUGUAAGUACUGCCCGUACGCGGCGGCUGACAGCAGUAGCUUAAAGAAGCAUCUUCGGAUCCACUACGACGAGAGACCCUUUAAGUGUCAGAUAUGCCCGUAUGCCAGCCGCAACUCCAGUCAGCUCACUGUUCACCUCCGAUCUCACACAGGUGAUGCCCCAUUCCAGUGUAAUCAGUGUGAUGCCAAAUUUAAGAUCAACCAUGACUUGAAGCGGCACAGUCGAGUCCACUCCGGCGAGAAGCCUUAUAAAUGCGACCUCUGCGAGUACCGCUGUGCCGUGAAGGCCAAUUUAAAACCGCACAUCCAGCUUAAUCACAGCGUAGUAGACUCCUUCCGCUGCACGGAGUGUGAAUUCCAAUGUUCAACCAAAGCCACCCUACGAGACCAUUCCCGCCAGCACCAGCCUGCCCAGCCGCUUCAGUGCAGCAAGUGCAUUUACUCCUGUUCCAGCAAGGGGGCGCUCAAGAUCCAUGAGCGUGUGCACUCGGAUGAGAGGCCCUUUAAAUGCGAACACUGCUCCUUUGCAAGCAAGCAGCGCAGUAAUUUGUUAAUUCACAGGAGAAAGUGUCACGCAGAUAGGCCAGGCAGACAGAAUAAGUCUGGACGAAGGGGCGGGGCUGGAGAGGAGUCAGCCAAACCUCUUAGGUCACGUUACCGGGUGAGAUUAGAGGUGAGGCAAGCCUUUUGUUGUGACUUGUGUGAGGCUUCGUUCGUAAGGGAAGAUUCUCUUCGCAUCCACAAGAGGCAGCAUAAUAAUAACCCACAACAGCGUAGUCUCAAUCAGGCAUCAACAACGUUGCAAUCGCAAACCGUUGUCAAACAGUCCGUACAGGAUCCAGGACAAGCCAGCGUUGUAACUGACACACCAUCAACCUACAGCAGAAUGCAUCUUAACAUCAUCGUAGCGCCCUCUAUAGGACCAGAGGACACUUUUGUCCAAGCAUCAGUGGAUGUACCCACUGCAAAAGUUGGAACGGUUCUGCUCAGUCCUGAGGAUCAUAACAUGCUUUUGAACCCUGUACAGCACGUCAGCAUGCUAACACCUGUGCAGCACAUUGUUGCCCCAACAUCAGGGUGCAGCCUUGAGCACCAGACAGUUUUACUCACUGAUGAAAGCACCUUUCAGGCCAUUGAAACUACGGCCCAGACCAAUGGCUCUACUCAAAACUUCAUCACUUCCUGCUCUGACUCAGCUUCAGACGCCACCCACACCUUCAUCACUUCCUGUUCUGACCUUGAAAGCCUCCAUACGCUCAUCCAGGAAGGGGGAACUGAAGUUACAGUGGUAACGGAGACAAAUUCCUCGAUCGCCACCACAAAAGAACCCCUGAACAUUGACGGUACAUCUCAUUAUGUGUCCAAACAUGCGGAGGAAGCCAUGCCUGAAGAUCCUUUAAAUAUUGAUCCAUCAGGGGUCGUUCUUGUUCAAAGUCUUCCCCUGACCAUUUCAACACAAGGCCAAGAAGCUAACAUAUACCAUCUUUCACCUCACCAUAUAUUUUCAGACUCCAAUACAGUGGAUAUCAGUGACGAUUCACAGUUACGCAAAUAUUAAAGGGAUUGUUCACCCAGAAAUUUUCAUUUUCUCAACAUUUAUUCACCCUCAUUCUGUCUUAAACUCAUUUGACUUUCUUUCUUCAGCGGAACAAAAACUAAGAUAUUUUGAAGGAUGGAUGAGGUGUUUUUGUCCAUGCAGUGUUAAUCAAUGGGGUACAUAAAGGACAUAAAUGCAGCAUAAAAGUAAUCCACACAACUUGAGUGGUUAAAUCCAUGUCUUCUGAAGCUAUACGAUCGUUCUCGGUGAGAAAUUGGCAAAAUGGAAUUCCUUAUUCACUUUAAAUCUUGACAUCCAGCCCAUUUGGAAUAUAGUGCAGACUUUAAGAUGGUGAUUCUUUGUGUCCUUUUUGGAGCUUGAACGUUUUGGACCCUAUUGACUUGCAUUGUAUGGACAGAACCAUCUUGUGCAGUCUUCAAAAUAUUUUCGUUGGUGUUCUGUAGAAGAAAGAUAGUCAAACAAUGUUGAAAGGGUCAGUGAGUUGUUUUUUUCUGUUUUUGAGAAGAAAUUACGGUUUCUAUUCUGUUGUUUGUCACACAGAAGUUUCAUAUUUAAGUUACACAUCAAACCAAAAGUGGACCUUUCACAUUUUUCUUCUGCCAGACAUAUUGAAAUAAAUGUGUACCCAUUUUCAUUAA